UCCAGCACUUUGUCCUUCAGGAUAUUCCUUCCCACUCUGCAGUUAAGGCCACACUGCUGUGCACAAGUCAUUUUGCAGGAAGCUGGUGAGGAGAGAGGACUGGAGCUCUAGGUCUUGCUGGAUAGCUCACUGGUGCAGGAUAAACUUUCAGCACUGGGGACCAGGGAGGACACUUCUCGCUGGAGGCUCAUCCUUUGAUUGAUCAUUACCUCUUUGCACUACAGAAGCUCAUCAUUGUGGGAUCUAGGGCAGAGAUAUUACUGCUCAAAUAGAGAUGUUAAGCUGUGUUACUGUGGCAAUGCUGUGCUUGCUGUUUGGAUGCCUGAUUCUGACAGGUCAUAGUUCGGGCUCCAAGUUAAAAGCACCUGUAUUAAACAUAAAGGGGAAGGAGUUAGUAAUACGAGCCGGCCAGCCAAUACACCUCACAUGCAGGGGCGAUCAAACAGUUUUCUGGAAAUUUCCAACUGCCUCCAGGACAGAAAGUGAAAGGUUCCAUAUAAGCGAUAAUUUAUGCCAGGGAAGCCCCAAGACUGCUUGCUCUAGAAAUCUCACAUUGCACAAAGCUCAGCUAAAUGACACUGGAUUCUACAGUUGCCAGUACGAAUACUUUACCUCAUCCAAGAACCCAUCUGGUAUCUAUAUAUUUAUUACAGAUGGGCACAGUGCAUUCAUAGACAUGCACAACAGAGAACCUAAAAUAAUCUCCAUAACCAAAGGAGAGAGGCUGGUCAUCCCCUGCCGUGUGACAUCACCAAAUAUCAUGGUCACAUUAAAAGAGAUCUAUGGACGUGUAUUGUCUGUCCCUGGUGACAAGAACAUUGUCUGGGAUAAUAAAAAAGGCUUCAUUAUUCGAAAACCAACACAACCGUUUUUCGGCCUGUUAAUAUGUGAAGCCAAAGUUAAUGGAGUCACACACACUUCCACCUACUUCACCCACAGAGAGUCUACUGAAAUCCGUAAAGUGUGGCUUGAUGUGCCAGAUUCCAUCAGGCUGCUGCGUAAUGCCAACCUGGCAAUUAAUUGUACUGUCACUACCGAUCUGAAUUCAAGAGCCGAAAUACAGUGGACAUAUCCUGGAAUGCAAUUUGGCAGGCUGGCCUCCAUAAUCAAGAGGAUAGUUUUAUCAGACUCAGAAGCAGUGGUGUACAGCAUGCUAUUUAUUCACAAAGUAAGGAGCAUCGACCAAGGCUCGUAUAUCUGCACCGCGAAGAACGGUCCAUCAACCAAAACCGUCAAUACAACACUUCGUGUUCACGCUGCUCCUUACAUUAAUGUUAAACCUCGGAAGACAGGUGUAUUAGAAGCUGAAGUGGGACAGAAGUUUUAUCACAUUGCAGUGAAAGUGAGAGCAUUUCCUCCUCCAGAAAUUACAUGGUGGAAAAAUAAUUUAUUGGCAGCGGACAAAUGUGCACGGUACAUAAUAAACAACAAUGUACUGACUAUUAAAGAUGUGGCUGAAGAGGAUGCCGGAGAAUACAUGGUGUCCCUGAAACUGAAACAGUGGAACCUUAUCAAAAAUUUAACCAUGACCCUCACAGUUAAUGUCAAGCCCCAGAUUUAUGAGAAAUCGAUGUCAAUCCAAGAACCGCAGUCUUAUAUGCUAGGCAGCAGGCAAACCCUGUCAUGUACAGUAUAUGGAGUUCCACCACCCAGAAUAACCUGGACUUGGCAUCCAUGCAAGCGACACUUUGGCUCAAGGUGCGAUUUCCACUCUGACAGUUCAGUUCCUCUAAUUGUUGGGAAAAACAGCAGUAGCAUGGGAAACAAGAUCUACAGUAUCACAGAGCGAACACGUCUGAUCGAGGGGAAGAACAAGACUGCAGGGUUACUUGUGGUAGAUGAUUCUCAGGUCUCUGGCAUCUAUACCUGCACCGCCACCAAUAAAUUAGGAAUGGAAAGAAGAGAUAUACAUUUCUAUGUCACAGAUGUACCCAGUGGAUUCCACAUAAGCAUAGACAGGGUGGCUAAAGAAGGUGAAAACAUGACCUUAACAUGUUCCGUCAACAAGUACCUUUACAAAAACAUUAGUUGGAUUUUACGCAGGAGAGUCGGGAAUCGAACAAUAAACCACAGCAUCAGUAAGCAGAGAAGUGCAAUCGCAACAGAGUAUUCUACCAUUCUAACCGCCGUCAUCCAAAACGCGACACAAGCCGAUUCAGGAACCUACGAGUGUAGGGCGACCAACACCUUCACUGGAGACCUCAUGUCUCAGAGCAAAGACAUUGUCAUCAAGGGAGAACCUUGCAGUAGGAAAAUUCACUUUUCACGGACCUCUAAACAAAGAAGAAAAAAUUGUACUACAGAAAGUAGCGUAACCCAAUAAGAAUGACUCGAGCCAUCGUUCUCAGAGAUAGUGAUUGAAAAUCAAAGGUACUUAUUAUACUUCCUGGAAGGACUGGAGAAAUGGCUGCAGAUGUAUGGAGCAGUGGCUACACGCCAGUGCAGACUGCAUUCUUAUCAUUCUCUACUGUAUCGGAAGCCAUUUAUUUUCCAGAAAUAAACCAGUCCAAAGAUGGAAGAGAUGAAAUUCAAAGAUUAUUCUGCAGAUUUGCUCCAGUGUUAACCCAAGCCUAGAAUGAGUACAGUACUGAGACGGAACAUAGUCUUUCUAUCCAGAUUAGGCCAGAUCUGUAGCACAUAUUGUAAGGGUUAGGGGUUACUUUUACAUUAUUUUGUCUGAAGAUAGACAUCACCUACCAAAAAUAUAUGGAGAACUUGCUUUUAAUUCAAAUCUCAGGUUUGAAAAAUUAGGUGAUUUAUAAUGGUUUUAAUCCAUGUGAUGAAAAUAUGGAACACGAUGAAUAGAGAAUUUAUAUGAGACAUCACAUUUGAAAUUCCAACCACUUGGUUUCCAUAUGAUUUGACAUUCAUUCCUUUUUCCAGGUAGCUAUAAUGCACCUUAACGAUUGAGCUGCUAUAAUACAGUGUUUUAUGCAAUUAUAGCUAUUUUAUUUUAUUAAAUUAUUUAAUGCUUUAAAAUGUAUGGCAGCAAAUAUCAGACACAGAACACCAAGGCAGCAUAGCUUGUAUCAGACCCUACGGCAAUGCGUCUGGUUAGAAAUGUCUGACACACCUCCAGAAGAUGUGGAUUGAUCGGUUGAUUGAUCGCCUUAUCUAUAUUGUAUGGGGGGGUAAAAGGUAUUUUUAUAAAGGGAUUUCAUGAUGGAUUCUUUAUUAAAACAUGUAGGAUAUGAUAAUUCGGUAUUAUCAGUAUGGCUUUCUAACUUCUACUGGGAAGCACCAGAUAUCUUCUAGGUUGAUCUACAGCUGGUUAACCAUGCUGUUUAGAACCUCAUUGUCAUUGUGACCCUAUAGAGAUAGCGUUAUGGCCACAUGAUCAAUCACUUGGAAGAGCACCAAAUAAGACAACUCUUAAGAUUAUUUAACAGGAGGUCAUAGGUGACCUUUGUGAUGGCCACGUGUAGCUACAGGUCAUCAGAAGUCCACUAACUGUUUUUGUUGCUUGCUUCAUGGUAAUGUUUAGAGUGGACUUUUCUCUAGAAGACUAGGUGCUAAACAUUACUUUUGGUCAAUGGUGCUUGUCCAAUAACCAUUACAUAUAAGAAACCAUCGAGACCUAGUUCUUUCAUACUGGAAAUAACAUAUAGCCAAUAUGUUGUAGGAAAACCCUACAUCCAGCCUUGGAAGGCAACUACACAUGUGAUUUAUAUAUAUGGUAUAUUAACUUAUUCUACUCAUCUCCUAGUUUAGGUCAGAUAAAACACUGAUCAACAAUAAGCACCAAAUAGUAACACCAUAUAUCAUACAUGUAUACUGUAUACCUGUACUGCAUCAUGCCUUCAUAUACAGCCAUGUACAGCAUCAUGCCUUCAUAUACAGAAGGAAGUUCUUGAUGAAAACUCUUAAGAUGUCAAGAUGGAUAUGUUGAGUUAGCUAGGGAGGUAACCAAUACAAUUUUUGAAAAUACUUUUAAUAUCCAAUAUUCCACGCAGUGGAAUUUUUUAUAUUUUUUUUAAUUUAAUAACCCUCAGUGGCAAUAGUUAUCUCCGGAUUGAAAUGUUUGUCUAUAAUGUACAUAUAUGCAUUCUGUGCAGCCAUAUCUCAAAAUUAUUGUAUUGUAAAAAGCCAGCAAAUAUUUAAAAAUAACCUAUACUUUUGUAUGUUUUUUUUGGAUGAUUGUACAUAAUUCCUUUAAUAUUUUAAUAUAAAAUUUAAGUAUAUAAGUAAAUAUUUGGAUGGGAAUGCACUGAGAAAUAUACUGAAGAAAAGGUGUGACUUACACUGCUUACUGUUGUAUGAUAGGACAAAUUCAGCUUUGUCACCGGUGUCUUCAAGCUAGGGUUUGCAUUUAGCUUCUUCAUGAGCCUCUGUAUUCUGGUGGCUAUUAAUGCCUGAGACGGUGGCACCAAGAUUAAUGCCUGAGACGGUGACCCCCCCCCUUAACAAAAUAAAAACUCUUAAUUAUGGUAUUCUGAGAUGUUGAAUGCAAAAUUUGUAGCAUAAUUGGCUUAUUUUUCAAUGGGAUUUGUCACUUUAGGUCCAUAUUUUAAGCUAGACUCCGCAAGCUUAUACUGUAUAUCAGAAUAGUUGUAGGCCAUACACUGUGCAUAUGCUAUGUGGGUAUAGGUAAUGGUUUAAAGGGCUUGUCCAGCCUUUAUUAAGCAAUGGCCUAUCCUCAGGUCCGGCCCCCCCAUCAACCAGCUGUUCUGUGUAGCUACAGAGUAACAACAACAUUGGUGAUGGACCCCUGCAGAUGAGCUAGUGAUGCCUAUCCUAAGGAUAAACCAUCAGUUAAAAAAGGCUGGACAACCCUUUUAAGGGGAGUCUGUCAGCUGGAAAUUCACUGAUAAACAACCAGAGGGUGGGCCCAAGCUACUCUAUGCAUCCUUGUUCCUCCCACUUCCUCACCAGACCCUCCCUCUUCUUCCAGGGCCAGUCAGGGUGACUAUGCAGGAACCUGACCCUGUCAAUCAAGAAGGAUAGGCAGGGGCUGACAAAGGAAGCAGGAGGAGCAC